CUCCCCUCGCUGUCGGCCAGUAGGGGACAGCACCCUCUAGCCAUUUCUAGCCUAGCGCGCACUACAACAGGCAAAAUGGGCACGCGGAUGAUUUCAGCUGUUCUAGCUUUUGCAAUGUUGAUUGUUGUACACUCGGCUGAUGAGCUAGUCCUGCAGUUGAACGGCAACCUUGGCAGGUACCCGGACACAACGGUCAAACGUUUGAUCCAGAGGGGCGUGGUCAGCCCUGUCCCGCGCACCAAUGAGAGGGGCUUCCGGUACUUCGUCCAGGUCACACGUGACAAUGUGGUCUUCAUCCCAGGUCUAGGGUUCCAGUCCAUCCGACCUCAAGGGACCGUUAAAUUUGUCCCUAUAAUCCAACAACAACGGAUGACCCGCUGUAACCCCUGUAGCGUCAGACAGGCCCGACCCAUAUCGGCGCCGGCCUGGGUCCAACCCUUUGCGGACAUGCCCAUGGCCACCUGGCCCCGGGACCCCCUCGUCCUUGACCGGCGGGUCCAGUCUCCGCUUCUCAACCGGUUAAUGCCGGCUCCGUCUUUUGAACGGCUGGCACCAACAGCAGGGAUGUCAACUUUUGGUCGAGACACGUUUGAAAGAAGGUUGCCGUCUGCUAAUUCUGAAGGUUCGUUAAUUCAAGGUCCGAAAAGUCUGGCGAAUUCCGACGGGCAAGUGAAUGGAUUUCCGAUUGACGGAAGAGCGUCUGGAGUCUUUGAAAAACAAGCAAGCGGGCGGUCUUUAAACACACGAAACCCGGAUAUAAUUUCAGACGGUGUUGUUUCAGGCCCACCGGUGGGUAGUCGCCCACCUUCGUUGAUAUCGGACGGACUUUUGCCGGAUAAUUCCGGACAAGGGGGUGGGGAUAUGGGUAAGCCUGACAGCGGUGUGACGGUGAAGCCGUCCACAACCACACACAAACUUGCGGCGACAACAUCGACGGAAAGACCGAGCAGCGCACAGGAGAAAAUAAACAGCUCAAAACAGAUUCCGGUUUCGCUGUCGACGGAAACAACGACAGUCGCCGAAAAUAGAUUCACGACUACUUCCGGUGACCUACAUCAAGGUUCAGAUUAAUUUCUUGUUUAAAACUCGUAAAAUGACGGUCGAGUUUUUGCAUCGAAGUCAAGUGCAGUUCUUUUUUUUUUAAAUCUUCAAUGAUAUUGACCUAAUCUGAAUAGUUCUUGUGCGGAUCUUGAAGUAAUCCAAAAAAUGAAGUCUUGUUUUUGUGCAAUGAUUUGUUGAAUAAAAAGGGGAGAUAACCUAUCAGUGGGUGGUGGGAGUUAUCUUUUCACCCAAUACAGAGUACUGUUAGUGAUAGGUCUUUAGUCAUGAUAUCAAGCUUAGGUCAUAA